CCCCCUCCUUCCAUUCGAACGAGGAAUCCGAGAGAGACAAGACAAGCACUGCGGCGUGCGGCGGCGAUGUUCGCGCCGCCGGCGGCCCCGGCGAGGCCGCACAAGGCGGCGCCCCCGGCGCGGGUGCCCACGCGGCUGGUGGCCGCGCUCUGCACCGCCUGCUUCUUCCUCGGCGUCUGUGUCAUCAACAGAUACUGGACGGUUCCUGAGCUUCCCGAUUGCCGAAACAAGGCGAAUUCGGAUAAUCCGGGGGUUGUUAUGAACCAAGCAUCACAGACUCGGGAAGUCAUCAUAGCUUUGGAUAGAACGAUAUCCGACAUCGAGAUGCGUCUGGCUGCUGCAAGAACCAUGCAAGCGAGGAGCCAAGGCUUGUCUCCGAGUGAUUCGGGUGGUGACCAGGGAAACAUGAGGCCGAGAUUGUUUUUUGUCAUGGGCAUUGUGACCACGUUUGCUAAUCGCAAGCGAAGAGACUCUAUCAGGCAGACAUGGUUGCCACAAGGUGAGCAUUUGCAAAGGCUGGAGAAGGAGAAGGGCAUUGUUAUCCGUUUUGUCAUUGGACGCAGUGCAAAUGCCAGCCCAGAGAGUGAAGUGGAACGCGCUAUUGCUGCAGAAGAUAAAGAAUACAAUGACAUUUUGAGACUUGACCAUGUUGAAGGAAAUGGCAGUCUUCCUUCAAAGAUUCAGACUUUUCUUUCAACUGCUCUUUCCACAUGGGAUGCUGAUUUCUAUGUAAAAGUUGAUGAUGAUGUUCAUGUCAACAUAGGUAUUACCAGGUCAAUUUUGGCACGACACAGAUCAAAACCUCGUGUGUACAUUGGUUGCAUGAAAUCUGGACCUGUCAUUGAUAAAAAUGAAUCUAAGUACUAUGAACCGGACCAUUGGAAGUUUGGGACUGAGGGUAACAACUACUUUAGGCAUGCAACACGACAGCUCUAUGCUGUAACCAGGGAUCUGGCGACCUACAUAACAGCAAAUCGGCAUAUCUUGCACAAAUAUUCAAAUGAAGACGUAUCAUUUGGUUCUUGGUUGAUCGGGUUGGAUGUCGAACAUGUGGAUGAGAGAAGCCUUUGUUGUGGCACCCCCCCAGACUGUGAGUGGAAGGCGCAGGCCGGAAACCCGUGCGCCGCAUCCUUCGACUGGAACUGCACCGGCAUCUGCAAUCCGGUGGAGAGGAUGGAGGAGGUGCACCGGCGAUGCUGGGAAGGUCAUGUGGCCGAUUUGCAGGCACAGUUUUGACAACCAAUCUGUGGUAGCGCAGGCAAUCCUUAUACCAUUGUUCCCUCUGUAACCCCAUGUAAAUUGAUCCGGAGAACGAAAUUGUUGUGCAAUAUGGUUAGUUUUUUCAGAUGCGCACUGUGAGAUUGCCAUCUUUUCCUGGCCAGUUUGCAAUGCACUGCUUGAAAUGGGAGAAGGAAAAAAAUAUGAUUAAAUGUAAA